AACUAAUAACGACAAACUUCAUUGUUUUGGCUCGGGCUGUCCAUUGUGAGCUCGUUAUUCGGCCGAGCGAGACAUCGAGACAAUUACGGGUGAACUCUUAGUUCAUUUAGAAACAUUAACUCAAGGGAGGAGUAUAAGUCUAUUGACGUUCCAAAGAAAACACUAAGUGAAAUUCAAUUCCUUCAUCGAGAAAUUUCUAAUGUUCUUCGACGACAAGUCAAGUAAAAUAGUUCUAUGGAAGGAACACCUAUAGGGGAACGGAUUUAAAGUGUCGGGGUGAAUCCUGAGUGUAUAAGUAUUUGAUAUCGUGUUAUCUGUUUAAAGUGGUUAUUUUGGUUUCGCUUUUAUCGUGUUGAUUACUGUGUUUUAUGGUUCCAAACUGUUAACGUUGUCAAGAUAGCUCAAUACGUACGAUUACAUGUCUACUAUGUAUUGAAAAGACUGAGAACGUUUCGUUGAAAGUGUUAAGUAUUUUUAAUUACUUAACCUAUCCGGUCGUUAAAAUGAGACAUAGGUACCGAUGCCGAUUAGUAAGGCGCGAUGAUUCAGUGGCAAAAUGGUUUUAAAUCAAGUGGCUCGUGAUAUUAGUGCUGGGCGGUGCUAAUGAUUGGGCGAGGAAUGCCUAUUCACAAUGUACGCCAAGGUCGCUUUCAAGGACGCUUGCCGGCACGUGGGUGGCUCGAAGUUCUACGAAGUGAUGGAAGGAACCAGCGCCGGGGACGCCUGCAUUUCGUCUCCCACGGAGAAGCAGGACCCCACCAAACCCACGGAGAGUGACGACGAAGAACGCAUGCGCGAUAUCGAUGAGACUACAUUCGCGAGUACGGUGCCGUUGUCCCCAGUGUCGGACGUGGACCAAGAGUGCACAGUGUUCUGCGGCGUCAGCUACCUGGGGGCUCAGAACAUCGCGGACCCCAAGUCGGAGACGGAUAUACAGAGGAUCAUGAAGGAGUUGAGCUCGAUGCCCGAGAACAGAGACGGGAUCGCGGUCUCCAUAUCCGUUCCGGUCUGCUCGCAGGGACUCGUCGUCCUCUACCAAGCGGAGAGCAACAGCGUGAUGGCUCGCUACGCGGUGAACCGCAUUUCGUUCUACGCGCGAGGCGCGGUGGGCUCUCCCGUCGCCUCGUGCUUCGCCUUCACCUGGUCCCACGGCGAGACCAAGGAGUCGGCCGUCUACAGGUGCCACGUCUUCAGGUGCCACAUCGCCGAAGCCGUCAGCCAGGUGUCGAGUUGUUUCGCCAAAGCCUUCGAGAGGAUACCGCGCUCUAUGGCGUCUUCUCUGAUCGGCGACUCGAGCGCCGCCCCUUCCAUGACCGGGUCCCUGACCGAGGGCUCGGGCCCGGCCGCCCCGCCCAUGCAGCUCAUGCACGUGCUCGAGUGCUCCGUGGACAUCAAGGAGACCGAUGCCAAGGGCUCGUUCAGCCACGUUCCGAAAGAGCGCCUCGGGUACAAACUGCGAGGAGGCAUCGACAAACAGGUCACCAUCAACGUCAAGCAGGUCACGAGCAACGUGCCGACGGACUCCGACGACAUGACGCCGUCGUACACCGGAGGCCUCUACAUCGAGAGAUGCUUCGGAAUACUUCUGGCGCCGGGACGGAGCGUCAAACAUUCCGACAUGCAGCUUCUCGAAAUGGUGAGCGGCGCCUCCGGCGGCUCGGGGUGCUCGGUGUGCGCGCUGUGGAACGCCGGGGAGUCGGCCCUCGCGGCCUUCAACGUGGCCGGCGGAGACGGGGCUCCCGCCUUCAUGUCGAUGGCGCUAGACCUCGUCAUCCGCGGCAUCAGGGAUCCGCUUCGAUUGGUCAUAGAGACUCCGGUGAAAGUGUACCCGCCCUCCGAGAGGUUCUGGUAUUACUCCAAAAGGCCCCUGGUGCAGCAGUUCUACAUCAACCUGAGAGAGUCGGUGGACUCCCUGGGCCAGUUACAGUACGAGGUGGCCAGCGUGGAGACCUCCGGGGAGCUGGACAGAUCCAGGCUGAACCUGCCCCUCUCUCUGUCCAGUCUUCUACCGUCGCCGCUCUCGGUUGCGCCCGCGCCGCCUUCGCCGUUGGAGGCCGACUCAGACGGCGAUGAACCCUUGCUGAGCGGAACCGGCGAAGUGUCGAAGGACUGUGGAGAAGAUGUUCUGGAGAACUGGGCCCAAGUCCUGAGAAGCUGGGUGGGGCCCCGACCUCGAGCCCUGGGAUCUUUGGUGCGAGCGGGCGUGCCCGAGGCCCUUCGGGGAGAGGUGUGGCUGCGUCUGGCGGACGUGGACCAGAACCACAAGCUGAUGGAGACCUACAGGACGCUGAUCAGUAAGGAUUGUCCGUUCGAAGCUGUGAUCCAGCGAGACAUAGCGCGAACCUUCCCCGCGCACGAUUUCUUCCGCGAGGCGGGUGGCCUCGGCCAAGAUUCGCUGCUCAGGAUGGCCAGGGCCUACGCGGUCUACGACCACGAAGUGGGCUACUGCCAGGGGCUGAGCUUUCUUGCCGCGACGUUGCUGCUGCACAUGCCGGAGGAGCAGGCCUUUUGUCUGUUGGUUCGUCUCAUGUACGGGUACGGCCUGCGGGAGCUGUACAAAGACGGCUUCGAAGCCCUGUACAUGAGGCUGCAUCAGCUCGAUAGGUUAAUGGAGGAGCAACUGUCCGACCUUCGCGCCCACUUCCAAGAGUUGGGAGUGGAGCCUCACAUGUUCGCCUCCCAGUGGUUUCUCACGGUGUUCACGGCCAGGUUUCCUCUACCGCUGGUGUACCACAUCCUGGACGUGUUCCUGCUGCAGGGCGUGGACACGCUGUUCCAGGUGUCUCUAGCCCUGCUGACGCGCUGCAAGAAGGAUCUCAUGCAGCACGACUUCGAAGGGGUGCUCAAGUACUUUAGGGUCACUCUGCCGAAGAAGUGUCGGGCCGAAGAGUCGUCUCGGCAGAUCGUGAAGCUGGCUUGCGGCAUCAAGGUCAAGAGGCUGCAGAAAUACCAGCUGGAGUACGAGAAGUUUAUCAAAGAAUCGGCCGAAGAGGAGAAGAUCAACGUGGAGUUGGAGAGACUCAAAGCAAUCAACGCGCAACUGCAGCAGGAUAAAGAUACACUGGAGAAGCAACUCGCGCAGAGUCGCAAUAAGUUGGAAGAAGCUCAGAAGGAGUCGAGCCACCACUCGGCCGUGGCCCGGGACUACCGAGAGAUCUGCGAGAGGCUCGACAGGCAACUGCAUCAUCUGCAGGACUGCACGAAGAGCUGCGUGGGCUGCAGCCUGAAGCUGGCGCAGAGAGAGGAGGAGGAACGCCGGGCGGGCGAGACCGAGGAGAAGACCUGGAGCGAGACGGAGGCCCGUCUGAAGCAGCGGGUGCGGGAGCUGGAGCUGGAGUUGGCGCAGGUCAAGCUGGCGCACGUGCAGGCGCAGUGCAGCAAUCAGGAACUCAGUCACCGGCUGAACUCCGCCCUCAACGAGAUGCAAUCUGCGAUGAAUCAGAAGCAGGCCGUGACGCCCUGGCUCGUCCGCACUCUCGGUUCGAUCGUGGAGGCCGCGCAGAGCCGACCCUCCUUCCAAACGUACCUCCCGAACUCGAGUUCCGAGUCGACGCCGCCCGUCCGCCGGCGGCCCCGGCCCGUCCCGCGGGGCCGCGACGAGAGGCGCGUCUCCGAGCCCCGCGGCCCGGACGCCGUCCGCCGGUCGAGGGACCCAAACGUCGAGAGGCGCUCCUCGCUUGUCGAGCUCGACGUCUCCGGGGGGGAGGAGAGCGGGCGGAGCUGCGACGCGACGACCUUCAGGAAUCCGUCGCUGGGUUGACGGAUUCCGCGACGAGGCGGGAUCUCGACUCGCCGCCACUCCCGGGGCGACACCUUCGAGCGCCCCGACGUCGCUUCGGGCACCCGCUCGUCACCCUAGUCGCAACCCUGGAGUCUUCGCUCGCCGUGGGCGCCGAGCCGCGCCGGCGGACGUAGACGAAACGUCAAGGGAAUAGCCUUAGUCGAAUAUGCUGUAUAUAAUAGAUUAAAUAUCAUCACAAUUUUAGCUGAAGACAAGCAGUAGAUCGAAAGGGCCGCGUUUCGAUCGUUGUGAACAGUUUGUGUAUCGUUCGGCCGACUCGUUUGGCAAAAAGUGUCGCGUCUGUCUUACAUUUUUCUUUUUAACGUGUCAGCGAAUUUCUGCGUAGUAUAUCCUCAUAUUUGCGACAUUUUGAAUUAUUGAAGAGUGGGCCCAAAAACGUAAUCUUAGUCGUAAAGCUCGGUGAGUCAGUGCCAUAUGGUGAUUUCGACUUUCGACAAUGACCGAGUCUCGAGUGACACGUGACGAUGCUCGGUGCGAUCGUGCCUUUUAUGUGAAUGCAUAUCGAAUGAUAUUUUAAUUAGUGUUCGUGUAUCGCUAACUUUAUUACCGUUAAUUGCUAAUGUCUCUCUUUAGAAAUAAUUUCCACGGUUUCGUCGAAUCAUUGGAAACUGAAUAUAUGCAUGAGAUAAAUGUGUACAUAUCUUCGUUAUUCUGCGACUAAAGUUAGAUCUGAGUUCUGGAAGCUUACGAUUAUCAGUAUUCGCCACUCGAGAACCGCUUAAUAUUAUUAUGAUCUCGAUUGAAAUGUUUAAAAUGUAUAUUAAGUAUUAUUUCAAAGUCUUUAAGGUUCGGUCGAACGGCGGACGGGGCGGCGACGCGACGUGACUUCUCGAGCAUUUUGAAACAAACUUUUUGAGCUCCCUUCCUAUAUAUUCCAAAAUCGCUGAUUUCAAGCUCGAAUUUCUGUAUUAGGAAGGCCAAAUCAUACAGUAUAAUGUGGCUUCGAUUUUCGAUUCGGGCGCGACGUUUCCCCUCCCGCUCUCUGUUGGACUACUAACGAGUAUCCAUAGAACACAACGUGUAGGUUCGCGCCCCGUCCCGCGGUGCUUUUCUUGUAUUACCUUCUCUGCGUGACAUGUCCUAUAUUAAUUAGUACAUUACAACUGCUCAGGUCGCGUCGCCGUCCCGCCCCGUCCGCCGUUUGACCAAACCUUUAAGUUUGCAUUUGUGUUCUAGCGUUAGAUUGAAAAAUAUAAUUGUGUUUACCGAUGUUUCUCAUGUUUGGUGAAAAUGCAACAGUUUUUUUUAAAUAAGCUCGUUAAUGCGAGCGACGAAGAAGUGUUUCUGGCGUCCGUCACAAAGCAUUCCACGUUGAAAUAGCUGAAUCAUUGUGAAAACGUCGAUUGUAGAUAAAUAGUGAUUUGUUCCGUCUUAUUGUGAAAAUGUAUGAUUUCCAAGGAAUGUUCUCUUUUACUUACACCCUGAAGAAACCUAGCUCCUAAUGAAGUAGACCCGCAUUUAUUUGUUUAAUGCAGUCGACCUCAUCACAUUUUUUCGUUCAUGACAUUAACAUGUAUUUUGAAAAGACUUCAUAAAGGCGAGCAGUUAAUUUGUUUCUACUACAAUAAAUUCUGCAAUCCGUUAAAAAUACGAUGUCUCGUUUCGCCCUUGACGUAAUUCAUGAUUACAAACAGCUGUUCGAUAUUUAUGUCUGAGGAUUAGAAUGAUCGUGAUGGUCGAUGGCGUUAGUAUUAUAUUGAGCCCUUUACAAAACGACGGGCAUUUUAGGAAAUUUACGUUUGUCCAUUUCAGUUAAUGAAAAUAAAUUUAUGAAUAAGAAGGGGUCGGCUGUAAACUUAUUUAAAUUAAAUGUAAAAACCUAAUCACGAGCGUGACCUCGUCUUGUCACACUCACAGCAUGUUUGACACACAUUAAUUUAUACCAUUUACCGUCAUACAUUAAAAUUUCAUUUAAUAAACUGCAAUCGACCUUUGAUUUCUGUACUUGCCCGUUUGUUUGCAAGAGUACAUUAAGCACUAAUGAAAACUUAUGGCCACGAGUCCAACCGAGGGCAACUACGGUAGCUGCUGUAUAAAUAAGCGAAAAUAUUUUUAAUUUCCGCUGGUUCCUAAAUAAAGAUGAGAGAUAUU